GAUAGAGUCACACCAGGGCCAUCGGGCCUAGCCCGGUCUGGUAUGGUCCGAUACACGAGAUCAAAUCAUGAAAAUGUUAGGGCCCGGCGGAAAAAAAUUAAGAUCAACGACCUUUAACAGUCGUUGCGUUCAAUGAAAUUGGAGGGAAGGAAUGGCGAGCCAGAAAGCAAUCGCAAACGAAAUAGGAAGAGCAGUGCAGGUGGCUGCGAGAAACGGGAAAGGAUGGUACAACCCUCACAUGGCUGCAGCCGCUCACGCCGUCGUUGAACGAAUCCCCAUGGUUGAUCUCAUUCUUGAUGUCAGAGAUGCUCGGAUUCCUUUUUCCUCCGAAAAUCACCAGUUGAGGAACUACCAUCACCGUGCAAGACGGAUCGUAGUGAUGAACAAGAUGGACCUUGCUAGUCGCACACACUCUCAGGGGUGGGCAAGGUAUUUUGAGCAACAAAACUGCUUUUCUUAUGGAGUCAAUUCCCAUAACAAGGAAAGUGUCAAAGGACUCCUCAACUUUCUGCAAGCCCAGAUCCGAGAUUUAAAAAGGAGUGGUCAUUCUAGUUACACCACCACAGUAAUGCUUGCUGGGGUUCCCAAUGUUGGUAAGUCAGCUCUUGCCAACUCUUUGCAUCAAAUUGGAAGGAUCAGUGCUGCAGAGAAAGGGAGGUUGAAGCAUGCAACGGUGAGUCCACAGCCAGGAGAGACAAAAAAUAUCAGUAGUUUGAAGAUUGCUAGCCAUCCGAAUAUUUAUGUGUUAGAUACUCCUGGAAUUUUGCCUCCUGAAAUUCAUGAUGUCGAAGUCUGCUCUAAGCUAACUUUAACAGGAGCAAUUAAAGACUGUUUAGUUGGGGAAAGAGUACUAGCCUGCUAUUUCUUAUCUAUUCUCGGUUCAGGUGAUGAAUAUAAGAAAUGGGCAAGGUUUUCCACCUAUGAAGAUGAAAGAUCAUUGGAAGACCAGAAAGCAGAGUUUACUAGCGCCUCUGAUUCGGAUGUAAAACGAAAGAGACAAUAUCGGACGGAUCACACUCAGGACUUCAUAGUGCAAGAAGUUCGCCGGACACUGUUUGAGACGAUAUCAACUUACAAUGGUAAUCCGGAAAAUGAACUGGAUUUGAAAGAACUCAUCAAGAUACAGUUCACUUCCUUGCGAGAAGCCUUUCAGGUUCCUGCAGAAUUAGGGGAUGAUGAUGCUCAUGGUAAAGUUGCUGCUAAGUUACUCAAUCUGUAUCGUACAGGUAGGCUUGGUCAUUAUACUUUAGACCCUCUUCCAAUGAGUUCCUUAUGAUGCUUACAUUAUUUUCAUUGCUUUGAGUCCUUUAUGGACAAACGAAAAUAUAUAAUAUCUGUCAUGAUUGAUCUUUUUAUACUGAAAACACCACAUAUUGGCUCACCAUUUUGCUUUGAGUAGUCAUCAUGAUAUGUUCUUCUUUGCUGGAAAUUGCACAUUUUUCUGUUCAAAUAUUUUUUUAAGAAAAAUAAUUAAAAAAAAUCUAGAAAGGAAGAAAGAAAGAAUCAAGGGUUUGUAAUUGUACAAGAUAAGAGAGCCAGCGAAGGUUGUGAAAA